AUGAUCCUGGGCACCUCUCAACAGAAAAAGUCCCACAAUUCCCAGCAUCCCCCAGCUAGCCAGGGCGAGGCGGCGGAGGCGGAGCGGCUGCGCACCCGCGAGCGCCUGGAGGCCACCCUCGCCGGGCUGGCCGAGCUGCAGUUCCUCCGCCGGCGCCAGGAGCUGCGCGUCAAGAGGCUGCUGGCAGCCUCGCCCGCCGCCGCCGCCGCCUUCGCGGGGAGCUGCUCGGCGGAGGCGCCGCCGGGCGAGGGCGCCGCGGCCGCCGCCCCUCGCAGCCUGGAGGAGAAGUUCCUGGAGGACAACAUCCUGCUGCUGCGGAGGCAGCUGAACUGCCUGAGGAGAAGGGAUGCUGGCUUACUAAACCAGCUGCAAGAACUGGACAAGCAGAUAAGCGAUCUGAGGCUGGACGUGGAGAAAACGGCAGAGGAGCAUCUCGAGACAGACAGCCGCCCCAGCUCAGGAUUUUACGAGCUGAGUGAUGGGGCCUCUGGCUCUCUUUCCAACUCGUCCAACUCUGUCUUCAGCGAGUGCCUAUCCACUUGCCACUCCAGCACUUGCUUCUGCGGCCCCUUGGACACCUCCCUGAGCGGCUCCGACGGACGGCCCAAGUCGGCAGAUCUCAUCGGCUGGCUGGAAUAUAACAAAGGAAGCCAGCGUGAAGACCAGGGGACCGGGAUGGUCCCUGACUCGCCCUCGACGCCGCACUCAAAUUCCCUCGACAUCGUUGUGGAUGUGCACCCCAAAUUUCAGUGUGACCUGGUGUCCAAAAAUGGGAACGACAUCUACCGCUACCCCAGCCCCUUACAUGCCGUCGCGGUCCAGAGCCCCAUGUUCUUCCUGCCCGUGACCAGCAGCCCAGCAAGAGAAGAGGAAGAGCGAGCGGAUGGGCGUGUUGUCGAAGUUUCUGUGGGCCCUGAGCUUGCCUUGGUGAAAGCGGGGCCCCCCUGCCUGCCACACGGCCUCCGUUCUUCCCCCUGCUUCCCGGCCAACAAAAAAAUGGACGGCUACAUCUUGAGCCUGGUGCAGAAAAAGACUGUUUCCGUUAGGACUAACAAGCCAAGGACGAAUCUGAACGCAGACCCUGCCAAGGGGAUUUUGAGACACGGGAGCCUGUGUGUUCGGCAGGUAGCUGGCGUUGUCUCCAGCAAUGCCACCAGUCUUAAGAAUUCGAGUCAGGCUUUUCCACAUCCCGGUGGAACCCCUGUCGUCCUGGAAAACGGUGCCUUCUCCCCCUUAAAACAGCUCUCGAGAGAAGCGGAGCCCCUGGAUACCAAAAAGAUGCCUUUGCCCACAGUCUUUUCACCAAAUGCAAGCCACGAACUUCAAAGCAAACACGUGCCAAGGAAUGCGAAACCCCCAGAGGCAACGCAUGGCCCUGCGGCGAGCAAGGGUGACGUGCCCAAGGAAAGCGGCCAGACCUUUUUGCCGUGUCCGAAGGAAAGCCCUUGCAGGCACGCGACACCCUCGAAGGAAAACAAAGCCAUCCAGCUGCCCAAAAAGAUGCUGUUUAAGAACACGGGGGUGGCGCAGGUGCCCCCGCACGGCCUGGAGGAGGGGCUGCUGGUGAAUGCCCAGUACAUCCCAGCGCAGCCGCAGACACUUCGACUCCACAAAGGCAGCCGUGGCGUCAAAAUUCUCAAGAGCUCCAUGGCCAAGCACAGGCCCCACCUGGGCACGGUGCUCGAGAACGGGCCCCAGGCCGGGCGGGAGAAAGGCAAACCCCCAGGCAAGAAGUGCCGGUUCCCGGAUGACCUGGACACAAGCAAGAAGCUGAAGAAGACCGCCUCGAGGGGGAAGAAGAGCAGCCACCUGCCGCUGGAGGCCAACCUCGCGAGCCGGCCGCCAGGCGCGCCGAAAGCCGCAGCGAGGCCCCACGGCCGAGAGCCGGUGGUCGCCAAGCCCAAGCACAAGCGGGCCGACUACCGGCGCUGGAAGCUGUCGGCGGAGGCGUCUUACGAGGAAGCCCUCCGGAGGGCGAGGAGGAACCGUAGAGAAGCCACGGGGGUUUAUUCCCAGGCGGCCCGGCCUUUCGGCAGCCCGUACGCCUACGUGGCCAGUGACUCCGAGUACUCGGCAGAGUGCGAGUCGCUUUUCCACUCCACCGUGGUGGACACGAGCGAAGACGAGAGGAGCAACUAUACCACCAACUGCUUUGGGGACAGCGAGUCCAGCCUGAGCGGGGUGGAGUUUGUGGGGGAGAGCACGACCACCAGCGACUCGGACGAGAGCGGGGGGCUCAUUUGGUCCCAGUUCGUCCAGACGCUUCCCAUCCAGGCAGUGGCCACGGCUUCCGAGCUCCAUGAAAACGCAGCCAAAGCCUUCGUGAAGAUUAAAGCUUCCCACAACCUGAAGAAGAAAAUCCUGCGCUUUCGGUCCGGGUCUCUCAAACUGAUGACUACUGUCUAAGUACAU